UGCACUUGUAGGAGAGACAUGGUGACAAUAUCCAUGGACAUCUUUGUGAGGAAGUUUCAACCAGACAGAUACCAGCUGUGGAAACAAGGCAAGGAUUUAUACACCAUUGAUCAUACAAAACCAACUCCUGAAUCAACACCUGAAGUAAAGACCUGGCUACAGAGAAGAAAGAAAAUAAAGAACGUUCCUGAGUGCUUCCAGCACAGCAGAUCUCGAUCUAAAAAGCUUAAAACUCCAGAGGACAAGAGAGUAUCUGCUAUGGUAGCUGGUGCAGAAAUCAUAACGACUGAAAGAGCUACUGAUGGCUUCAAGGUCAAUGAAGAACCUGGGAAAAAAGUGAGACUGGUAAACACAGGAGUGCCUUCUGGAGAAGAAGAAAACAGUAGUAAAAUGCAGCUGGAUCAACAUUUAUUGGAUAAUGUCAAGGUUGCAGGAAGCAUCCGUACAGACUCAUUUUCAAGCCCUGCUCCUGUGCUAGAGAAAACGAAAAUGGAACAUGAGGACAGGACAGAUUCCAAUUGUCCUCUCUUUACAUGUGAAAGUUCUGUGGCCUGCAUGCCUGCUUCUGAUAGCUGUAGAACAGAAGAGAGUUUGAAAUCUCAGAAUCAGUCUGAUUCAUCUGUACCAUGCCAUAAGUCAGAGGGAAAUGCUUCUGAAGCAGAAAACACAGAUAAAGAGGAAAAUGUCUUGAUAAAAGAUGUCAGCAACCUAGAAAACUGUGGAAGUAGCUUGAAACAUGGAGAAGUGCCCAUUGUGAAAAAGGAUGAAGAAGAUGGCAUGGAAACAUCCAGUGCAGCAGAAGUUGAAAGAAAGAAGAGUUGGCGUCAUCCACUAAAUAAACCCCCAGCUAGAUCUCCAAUGACUUUGGUUAAACAGCAAGCAACUAGUGAUGAAGAACUGCCUGAGACUACUUUAACUGAAGAGGAAGUUCAAGAGACAGAGGCAUGGGCCAGGCCUCUGGUCUACCUUUGGCAGACGAGAGUACGCAAUUUCAACGCUGAAAAAGAAUACAAUGCAGCUUGUGCAAAAAAGGAACCACACUGUGCCAUUUGCACCCUUCUCAUGCCGUACUACAAGCCAGACAAUCAUGAUGAAGAAAGUCCUACUUUCAGGGAGGCAAAUUCAGCAGAAACAUUGAUGGCUGAAAAUGAAAAGACUAAGCCUCUUAUUCCAGAGAUGUGUUUUAUUUAUAGUGAAGAAAACACUGAAAACUAUCUAUCAAAUGCCUUUAUUGAAGAAGAUGGAACAAGUCGUCUGAUUUCCUGUGCAAAGUGUUGUGUACGGGUUCAUGCAAGUUGCUAUGGUGUUCCUUCUCAUGAAAUCCAUAAUGAAUGGUUGUGUUCUCGAUGCAGAAAAGAAGCCUGGACAGCCGAAUGUUGUCUCUGCAAUUUGAGAGGUGGUGCAUUAAAGCAAACUACUGACAAGAAGUGGGCACAUAUAAUAUGUGCAAUUGCCAUCCCAGAAGUCAGAUUUGGUAAUGUCACAGAACGUACACCGAUAGACACUAGCAGAAUACCUUUGCAAAGAUUAAAAUUG